AUUUUGAUCCAUAGUCGACGAGAGAAGUUUUUACGCGUUCCAAUCCAGAGCUUAUAAAACUAGCGCGCCCUCCUUCCCAUUCAGAGCACGGAGCUCUAGCACCAACCCACACAAGCACCACUCACCUCACCAGCAGCAACCUCAGACAGAGGCAGGAAACUCAGGCGCAAAGGCAGGAAGCAGAGCAAAAGUCUUCGCCUCCUCGAUCGUCUUACAAGAGAAACAAGUCUUCGGUUCUUCGUUCCAACAUCAAAUGGAGAAGGCAGGACAUGAGCAUGUGAUCGGUAUCCCAGUGAGCAGCACUGCUAUCGGCAUCGAGGAGCCGGAGUACACGAGCGAUGGAGCUACCUAUGCCGGCGGCAAAUCGUGCCGCAGGAGCGGGGACAAAUUUGCUCGAGGCAUCAAAGAACAUGUGACUCUCGGCCCAAAGCUGUACGAGACCGUGAGGGGCAAGCUGUCGCUGGGCGCAAGGAUCAUCCAGGCCGGCGGCGUGGAGAAUGUCUUCCGGCGGUGGUUCUCGGUCGAGAAGGGCGAGAAGCUCCUCAAGGCCUCACAGUGCUACCUUUCGACCACCGCCGGCCCCAUCGCCGGGGUGCUUUUCGUAUCCACGGAGAGGGUGGCCUUCCGCAGCGACCGGUUGCUGGCGCUGACCUCGCCCAAGGGCGACAGGGUGCGGGUGCCGUACAAGGUGGCCGUCCCGCUGCGGAGGGUGAAGGCGGCCAUGCCGAGCGAGAACCAGCACCUGCCGGAGCAGAAGUACGUCCAGCUGGUGACGGACGACGGCUUCGAGUUCUGGUUCAUGGGCUUUGUCGGCUACCAGGCGACUCUGCAACACCUCGAGCAGGCCAUUGCCGCGGCAGGGGGUGGGUGAAGGUGCAGUCGUCGCGGAGCUCCGGCACCGGGAGCGGGAGGCCUACCGCGGCGUGAAAGCAACGCGAGCGCACGGCGGCGCCUGUCACUGUCUGACUUACAACCAUGCCGUGAUUUGGGAGACCUCGUCGGCUACUCGGCUUCGUCAACUAGGCUCAGCUCAACAUUGCCGCCGGGAGCUCAGCAAGGAGUGAGGACUGAGGACGGGCGGUCGCCCGAGCGGACGCCGCACGAGGCCGAGGUUGUCGAGCUGGUGGCUUACGCGACCUAUCCAUACGGCUAUACGCGAGGCUCGAGGGGAACGACGAGCCGCGCGAGCUGGGCCGUGAGGAGGACGCCCCGAGCAGGGCCACGCGCCUUGCAGCGAGGGUACUCUAAUGGCGUAUCAAUGCGCGGCGUGGAUUGGUAGGUGCUGGAAGCCUGCAAUGGAUGUCGAUGGGCCACGGAUGUACCAGUUACAAGCUGGAGCUGCGGAGGCGAGGGCGAGAGUUAUGAUAAGGUGCUUAAGGAAAUGGUCGAUAAUUCUUGGACAAUCUUGUUGCACUAGCAAGUACUAUCAAAAGCCCGUGCUUUGCACCGGGUAAAAAAUAAUAACAUCAAAACCGAUCACCACACA